UCAGAGUUGUAACUGCUGAAAAGUAAGCAUUUUUCUUGCUUCGAACGACAGAAAAAUCGAUAAAACUACAUCUUUGUCUUGAUUCGUUUGGGCUGCAAAGCCAGCCAUGGCAGGUGCCUACCAACCUACAACGGUUCAGAGGCAAGACAGCGAAGAGAAUGAAAGAACAGCGUUUUGUAACCCGUUUUACAGUCGAAGGCAUUCGGACCUUGAGAGUGGUCAGAAAUACGAAGGAGAGAACAAGGGCGAUAGCGAAGUAACGAAACACGAUCGAGGAAAUCAGGGGCUGUUGACUCGAUGUGUUACCAGACAGACUAGCAAAACGGAAGACGGCAGUGCAUUACCAAGUCCAGCGGAAUCCGAACUUUUCCUCCCGGCUGUAGCAGAGAGUGAGACGAAUCCUAGCAAGCUGACCCGGGUAAAGACACUCAAAAAAAAAAUCAUUAAAGGUACUGAGGACUUUUUUGGCCUGGGAGAUUGUGACGAACAACAUGACCAACUACGAAGGAAGUGGACUCAGAGAAAAAUGCGGCACUACCAUAAACGGUAUGGUGCUCUCAAUGAGGAAUCAGGGGAUGCUGUGGAUGCUGUUCCUCGUCGGUCACUCAAAGUGCCCAGUGGUACAGGAAGCAUCAGUAGCUAUCAGAGUGCACCUCAACCUGAUCCUGAUCUUGUGCGAACAUUGAGCCGACGUGAGUCAGUGGCAACAAUGGCGUGGAAGAGGAUGAAGAAAAUGAAAGAGGAUACUGGGAGCUUUAAAUCCCCCAGACGAAAAUCUCAACCAGUCAGCACAUUGCUUGAGGCUGGGCGGAGCUUCUCACCAGCUGUCAUGUCGCAGUCAGAAAUGGAUGAAGUUGACAGUGCAGUUCCUGUUACUAGAUUUGAUCGCCCCUCCAUUGAUGACGAAGUGUUCUUUGACUUUUCGUCGGAGAGGCCAAGACGAAGAAUUGAAAGACCAGGAUUUUUACCAGAAAUUCAAGAGGAAGAGAGGCCUGCUGUUCCAGCAAAAGAAGCUAAAGAUGAAGUUGAAGGGCCUCCUAUGCCACCAGUUCGCAGCACUCGAGGACAAAGGAUUUCACAGCGACCCCGUGCUACAAAUGCUAACCGUCGUCAAUAUGGGAAGGGAAUGGUUGGUAGAUGGUUAAACAGAACAAUAAAGCGUAAACGUUUGACAAGCACUGUUAAAAAGCAGAUUGAAAACCUGUCAGAUCACAGGCCUUAUUUCACCUAUUGGAUCUCAUUUGUACAAGUGAUUGUACUUAUUGUUGGGUUAUCAGUUUAUGGAUUUGCUCCCAUUGGAUUUACAGAGACAGAAGAAAAAAGACUGAUUGACAGAAGUCAGAUGGGAACGCUUGUACCAGAAUAUGUGGCAAGAAUUAUUCCUGACAACUUCUGGAUUGGUCCUGAUCAGGCAGGUUUGAUCAAAAUGGGAGCAAAGUUUGCACCAUGUAUGCGAUGGGAUAAGAGGCUGCAAGAAAAGUUGUCAGAGGAGAAAAGAAAUGAGAGUGAGGCUGGUUGUUGUGUGAAAUCUGAUGAUUCUGGUUGUAUAACAACAACGCAGAAAGAGUGUUCGAGAACCUUUGCUUAUUUUUACAAGUAUUCCAAAUCCAAUAACAAUACAAGAGUUGUUUGUGGACAAGACCCGGACACUUGUCUAGAUCCUCCGUCCGUUGUUCCUGAUGAAUGGGAUAAAGAUAUCACCAAUUGGCCCGUUUGUAAGAAAGAAAAGUCUAAUCUGUCACCCGGCGAAUACCCACAUAUGACGUGUGAAAUCCAUGGUCGCCCUUGUUGUAUGGGCAACGAAGCCAUCUGUCGAAUUGUCAGCCGGGACGAGUGUGACUUUUUCCGGGGCAGAUUUCACGAGAAUCUUACGCUUUGUUCCCAGGUGGACUGUUUGAGGGACACUUGUGGAAUGUUGAAUUUCCAUCGGAAGGAAACACCUGACCAAGUGUAUCGCCUAUGGAUGGCAAUAUUUGCUCAUGCAGGGGUAAUCCAUCUUGCGUGCACCCUAGUCUUUCACAUCACUAUAAUGCGCGAUAUGGAAAAAAUGGCAGGCUGGCUCCGCUUGUCAAUCAUUUAUAUCUUUAGCGGUAUUGGUGGAUAUUUAUACAGUGCAAUUCUUUUACCGUAUCAAGCUGAGGUUGGCCCAUCAGGCUCCAUCUUUGGAAUCAUCGCCUGUCUGUUUGUUGAGCUUUUACAGAGCUGGCAGAUCAUAGCGCGGCCUUUCACAGCUCUCUUUAAACUGUGUGGACUAGUUUUGCUUCUCUUAAUAAUAGGCCUACUGCCUUACGUCGACAACUUUGCCCACAUGAUUGGUUUCUUGUUUGGGCUUCUGCUGGCUUUUAUUUUCCUUCCGUAUGUGUCGUUCGGCCAGUUUGACCGAAGGCGAAAGCGGAUCCAGAUAAUCGUGAGUUUAGUAUUGGUCAUUACGUUGUUCGUGGUAGGAUUUUUGGUGUUUUACAUCAGUCAGGAUUCCGGUUGCAAUGGCUGUGAGUACUUGAACUGCAUUCCCUUCACCAGAGAUUUCUGCAAGCUAGGAGGACAGAAUCUACAGCCAAGAGUACGGUAGAGAGAUGUGGAAUAACAGUUCGGAAAGUGUAUCGCUAGUUACACGAAGCUGUUGCUACUGGAGCAACUCUCUUUACUAGCAAAAAUUGUUGCGUGGAAAGUAAGCUCUACAAAUGUGCUGUUCAAACGGUGCUGAGAGAUAACAUACUGAAUUGUGUGUUCUCUAACUUGUGCGUGAAUGUAACGAAGAAGGCUUGUUCCUUACGUUCUCAUGGCAGAGAAUUUGCGGUGUAUAUGCUUUUUGGAUUUUUGCUUCUCAGAUGUAGCUAUCUUAGUUAAUAUUAAUGCGAGAGAGUACCUUUUGGUUUUUUAGAACGUUAACUCUAAGAGAAAUUUUCAAUUGCUUUGGUUUUGCUUUACUUCGCUGUGUGUUUGGCGCAGAAAUCUCGCUCCACUUUCUCAACCAAUCAGAUUCAAAACUAGAACCAAUCGCAAGUUAUAGUCAACCGCGUUUUCCCGCGCUUCAACCUGUUUGCGCUACUUUGAGUCUCAUUGACUGCUCAUGAUAUUUUCCUUUGUUGUGAUUGGUAGUUUUGUUUCCUUUUUUUCGGUUUUAGGACACUCAAUAGGCCAUUUUACAGUUGUGUACUUAGUUGCAAAGCCUUUCCUUUGGAGUGAGGCUGAAGGUGACCUCGUUGUGCUAGACACCAGUAUCAAGUUCGCAUGAUAACAGAGUAAUUUGCAUUUGAAAAGCAGCAACGUGUGUAUCAUAACAACUCACUCCUGUUCAAAGGCUUGGCAACCAAGCACACAACUGUGAAAUGGACUAUUGAAAUGCGCUCCUCUACUCACGACUAAGAGUUAAGGGUACUUGUUUUCAUUUGUCGCUGCCUCCAGUCAGAUGCAUCAAUUUAAACACGAACUUUCUUUCUCUUCGAUAGUCAAUCUUUUUUAUAAAUCAAAAUUCGUUCAGAAUAAAACGUAACAUUGACGGAGUGACUCAACUAGCUUAGCAGUUCUAGGAAGUAUAGGUAUUAUUGUAAAUUGACCGCCGGAUCUGGCAGGCCAGUUCUGACUAAUGAUAAGAAAUUAGUAUAAAGUUCGCGGAAGUGUGGACAAUUUAGAUGGUCGUGAAAUUAAUUCGGCUCACUUACAUUACUCUAUUGGUUUAUUGUUAUCAAUCGUUGCUUAAAACUUCGCGGAUAAAUUUUAAGUUAUUCAGACAAAUCAGCUAUCCCAACACGAAAAAAAAAACGACAACAACAGCAAUAAACAUUCUUUUCGUUAGGAUUUUGUGGGUGGCUAGGGUAGACUAAAAGUUUCUAGAAGCUAAGAAUACUUAAUUAUGUUUCAAAGUCUCAAUGAGCCGCGUGUUUAUCCAGCAAUGCAAUUGUAAUUUGAAAUUUGACAAAUGCGCUUCAAACAAUUUUUACUUAGAUUAUGACAGUCACUGCUGCCUAAUACUCACUAGAACGCCUGUUGAAUAAAUUUCACUCAUAAAAAAGUCGUCUCAAAUAUAUGAUCUGAUUAUUUAAACAAA